AUGGUCCUGGUAAUAAAACUGCUGCUCUUCACCUGCCUCUGGCCAACAGCUGCACUAACCAGUGUCAGUUCUCAAAGUGAUCAUCAUCAUCGUUUUCAUCAACAUCAUCAACAGAAAUGCUCAUCCAUGAAGAAGCAUAACAGCAAACGAGAAAUUAAAAUGAGGAAAUUAGACAGCACCAAAGUACGCCCACUAAAGUCUGAGCAACUUCUCCGCAUAGAUGACCAUGACUUUGCAAUGAGACCUGGAUUCGGAGGGUCACCAAUACCAGUGGGCAUUGAUGUGCAGGUGGAAAGUAUUGACAGCAUUUCAGAAGUUGACAUGGACUUCACGAUGACCUUAUACCUCAGACAUUACUGGAAGGAUGAGAGACUUUCAUUUCCUAGUACCAAAAACAGAAGCAUGACCUUUGAUGGAAGAUUGAUCAAAAAGAUCUGGGUACCUGAUGUAUUUUUUGUCCAUUCCAAAAGAUCUUUCAUCCAUGAUACAACUAUGGAGAAUGUGAUGCUCCGAGUGUACCCUGAUGGCAACGUACUCUUCAGCCUAAGGAUUACAGUUUCUUCCAUGUGUUUUAUGGAUUUCAGCCGAUUCCCUCUGGACACUCAGAACUGCUCUCUAGAACUGGAAAGUUAUGCUUAUAAUGAAGAUGAUCUGAUGCUGUACUGGAAACAUGGGAAUGAGUCGCUGACCACGGAUGAGCAGAUCUCCCUUUCCCAGUUUUUCAUUGAAGAGUUCAGUGCUUCUAGUGGACUAGCUUUCUACAGCAGUACUGGUUGGUACAACCGCCUUUUUAUAAACUUCGCCCUAAGAAGGCAUAUUUUCUUUUUUGUGCUACAAUCCUAUUUCCCAGCUAUGCUGAUGGUGAUGCUGUCCUGGGUUUCAUUUUGGAUUGACAGAAGAGCUGUUCCUGCCAGGGUAUCACUGGGUAUAACUACUGUGCUGACCAUGUCAACCAUAAUCACAGGAGUAAGUGCCUCAAUGCCUCAGGUGUCUUACAUAAAAGCUGUGGAUGUAUACUUAUGGAUCAGUUUUCUUUUUGUCUUCCUGUCUGUCAUCGAAUAUGCAGCUGUGAAUUAUCUCACCACAGCAGAAGAGAGAAAACAACUCAAAAAAAGAGGGAAGGUUUCAGGAAUGUAUAACAUUGAUGCAGUACAAGCAAUGGCCUUUGAUGGCUGCUAUCAUGACAAUGAGGCUGACAUUGAUAUGACCACCUUUGUGGUCCACUCAGAAGAGAGCUCAGCCCGGGGACGGGCAGCCAGCAUCCCCAACCUGGAUGCAACCCGAAUAAAAAGGAAGAGAUCCUUGAAAGGAAAUGUGGGCAGGAUUAUUUUGCAGAACAAUCACGUCAUUGACACGUAUUCCAGGAUUAUAUUUCCCACUGUGUAUAUUGUAUUCAACUUUUUUUACUGGGGUUUGUAUGUAUGA